AGCUGGGGGAGAAGAUAAUUUGUUCCGAGGUAAUGAGAACGGUGACUGUUGGCGGUGGAUCCAUUUCACAGGCCUGCCUUCUCUCACUAACGAUCUUCCUCGUCCCAGGGCCAACUCGGACAGUUUGCUCAUUUAUUGCAACGGUCAAGGCUUGCUCGUGCCAGAACAGCGCGCGCGCGCAAGCACACACACACACACACACACACACACACACACGGGAAAACUUUUUUUUAAAUGAAAGGCUAGACUAGUUCAUCAGCAGCGCGGGCGCUGCUUGAGGGGUUCGGAAUUGACUCGCUGCUGCAGGAAAUCCCUCCGGUCGCGACGCCCGGCCCCGGCUCUGCGCCCGCGUGGGAUGGUGCAGCCCUUGCCGCCGGGCCCCAAGAGCUGCUGCACUGAAGGCUGGCGACCAUGGCAGCGCGCCCGCGGCCCGCGCCCCCAGCCCGCGCCCUCCUGCUCGCCCUGGCCGGGGCUCUGCUCGCGCCCGGAGCAGCCCGAGGGGUGAGCUUAUGGGACCAGGAAGGAGCUUAUGAAGUUGUCACUGCCUCUCUUUUGAAUGGCGACCUCUGGAUCCCAAUAAGGAGCAUCAACUCAAAGAAUCAUCCAGAAGUCUUAAAUGUUCGAAUACAACUGGAAAGCAAAGAACUGAUCAUAAAUUUGGAAAGAAAUGAAGGCCUCAUUUCCAGUGGUUUCACAGAAACCCAUUAUCUGCAGAAUGGUACUGAUGUUUCCCUCACUCGAAAUUACACGGGUCAUUGUUACUACCAUGGACACGUGCAAGGGUACACUGAUUCAACGGUCAGUCUCAGCACUUGUUCUGGUCUCAGGGGACUCAUCAUGUUUGAAAAUAAAACCUACAUCUUAGAACCAAUGCAAAAUGCAACCCAUAAAUUCAAACUCUUCCCUGAGAAGACCCUGAAGAGUAUCUGGGGAUCUUGUGGAUCACAUCAUAACACCUCAGGCCGGGCUGCAGAUAACAUGUUCCCUCCACCUUCUCGGAUGUGGGCAAGAAGGCAUAAAAGAGAGACCCUCAAGAUGACCAAAUAUGUAGAACUGGUUAUUGUAGCAGAUAACCGAGAGUUUCAGAGGCAAGGAAAAGAUCUGGAAAAAGUUAAGCAGCGAUUAAUAGAGAUCGCUAAUCACGUUGACAAGUUUUACAGGUCACUGAACAUUCGGAUAGUGUUGGUAGGUGUGGAAGUAUGGAAUGACAUUGACAAGUGCUCUAUAAGUCAGGACCCGUUCACCAGCCUCCAUGAGUUUCUAGACUGGAGAAAGAUGAAGCUUCUACCUCGCAAAUCCCAUGAUAAUGCACAGCUUGUCAGUGGGGUUUAUUUCCAAGGGACCACCAUUGGCAUGGCACCGAUAAUGAGCAUGUGCACAGCAGAACAAUCUGGAGGUGUUGUCAUGGACCAUUCAGACAGUCCCCUUGGUGCAGCCGUGACCUUGGCACACGAGCUGGGCCACAAUUUUGGGAUGAACCAUGACACACUGGAGAGGGGCUGUAGCUGUAAAACGACUGCUGAUAAAGGAGGCUGCAUCAUGAACCCUUCAACUGGGUACCCAUUUCCCAUGGUGUUCAGCAGCUGUAGCAGGAAGGACUUGGAAACCAGCUUGGAGAAAGGAAUGGGGAUGUGCCUCUUUAACCUGCCAGAAGUCAAACAGUCUUUUGGGGGCCAGAAGUGUGGGAAUGGUUAUGUUGAAGAAGGAGAGGAGUGUGACUGUGGAGAGCCAGAGGAAUGUAUGAAUCGCUGCUGCAAUGCCUCCACCUGUACCCUGAAGCCAGAUGCUGUGUGCGCACACGGGCUGUGCUGUGAAGACUGUCAGCUGAAGCCUGCAGGAACAGCAUGCAGGGGCUCCAGCAACUCCUGCGACCUCCCAGAGUUCUGCACUGGGACCGGGCCACAAUGCCCAGCCAACGUGUACCUGCAUGAUGGGCACCCGUGUCAGGGAGUGGAUGGCUACUGCUACAACGGCAUCUGUCAGACCCAUGAGCAGCAGUGUGUCACACUCUGGGGACCAGGUGCUAAACCUGCCCCUGGGAUCUGCUUUGAGAGAGUCAACUCUGCAGGUGAUCCCUACGGCAACUGUGGCAAAGACUCCAAGAGUUCCUUUGCCAAAUGCGAAAGAAGGGAUGCUAAAUGCGGAAAAAUCCAGUGUCAAGGAGGUGCCAGCCGUCCAGUGAUUGGUACCAAUGCUGUUUCCAUAGAAACAAAUAUCCCACUGCAGGAAGGAGGCCGGAUUCUGUGCCGGGGGACCCAUGUGUACUUGGGUGAUGACAUGCCGGACCCAGGGCUUGUGCUUGCAGGCACAAAGUGUGCUGAUGGAAAAAUCUGUCUCAAUCGUCGAUGUCAAAAUAUUAGUGUCUUUGGUGUUCAUGAAUGUGCAAUGCAGUGCCAUGGCAGAGGGGUAUGCAACAACAGGAAGAACUGCCACUGCGAGGCCCACUGGGCACCUCCCUUCUGUGACAAAUUUGGCUUUGGAGGAAGCACAGACAGUGGUCCCAUCCGACAAGCAGACAGCCAAGGUUUAACUAUAGGAAUUCUGGUGACCAUACUAUGUCUUCUUGCUGCUGGCUUUGUGGUUUAUCUCAAAAGGAAGACCAUGAUCCGACUGCUGUUUACAAAUAAAAAAACAACCAUUGAAAAGCUAAGGUGUGUGCGCCCUUCUCGGUCAUCCACUGGCUCCCAGCCUGGUCAGGCUCACCUCACCCACCUCGGAAAAGGCCUGACAAGGAAGCCGCCACAUUCCAACACACCUAAGGAAAACCCCAGGAGAUUGCCACAGUGUCAGAAUGUAGACAUCAGCAGACCCCUCAAAGUGCUUGAUGUCCCUCAGCCCCAGUCACCUCAGCGAGUACUUCCAUCUGUCCACCAGCCUCUGCGUGCACCCAGCGUCCCAGCCAGAUCCCUGCCAGCCAUCCCUGCACUCAGGCAGGGCCAGGGUAUUCGUAAGCCAAACCCUCCUCAGAAGCCUCUACCUGCAGAUCCUUUGAGCAGAACAACUCGGCUCAGCAAUGCCUCAGGGAGGACCUUGGGACAGCAGGAGCCUGGGCUCCACUUGGCACCCAUCAGACCUGCUCCUAAAUACCCACACCAAGUGCCCAGAACCACCUAUACUGCCUAUAUAAAAUGAGAAGCCAACACCUUUUUUCAACAGUGAAGACAGAAGUUUGCACUAUCUUUCGACUCCAGUUGGAGUAAUUUUUUUGUACCAACGUUUAGAAUUUUUUAAUGUCUAAAACACCAUUAUUUUAAGAACUUUGAGCUACUGCCGUCAGUGCUGUGCUGUGCUAUGGUGCUCUGUAUACUUGCUCAGGUACUUGUAAAUUAUUAAUUUAUGCAGAAUGAUUAUUACAGUGCAGUGCGCUGUAGUAGGCAUUUUUACCAUCACUGAGUUUUCCAUGGAAGGAAGGCUUGUUGCGCUUUUAAUAUUUCAGUGAACUUGAAAUAUCCUGCUUGAUGGGAUUCUAGACAGGAUAUUUACUUUCUGAUCAAGGCUUUAUUGGAAAGCAGUACUCCAACGACUCGCAGCCGUGGUUAUUACUGGACACAGCUCAAGAGACCCCAGGUAGAACCUUAAGUGAGUUUCUGAAAUUCCUAUCUCAGGCCAAAGCCAGGGAAAUUCAGGUCCAGGAUGUGCUUGGCUUUCAGGCAGGUCCAGAGCCCCUAAACAGGUGGACAGUUAGGCCCCAUGUCCAGAGUUGCUGCACCUUGAAGCUCUAAGACUGCAGGGAAGAAGCUGGUUUCUGGCCAGAAAGUUUUAGGAAGAAACUUAGGUGUGAUCACACCAGAAUACAGAUUAGAACACUAAAUCAGGCAGAAACUUGACCUUGAGUUUAGCACAUUUGGAGAAUAGGCAAAGAAGAAGUCUGUGGUAUUACUCGAGCCUUUGUUCUCUGGAAACACCAAGAACUUCUUUCCUGGCUGUCCUUUGCAGAGUGCUGGCAUCAGCAUACUGUUUAGACUGAGAAAGGUGGUGUUUUUACAAGAAAGCUACUGUCCAGGCACUGCAAACUUCCAUCUCCCUAUACUAUUUGGAGCACAGUUGAUUACUUCAUUGUCUUCUCAACUGUAAUACAAUGAUCCUGUAUUCCUAUGGAUAGAUAAGGCUCUCCGUAACUAUUUUCACAUGUGAACCAGUCACAAGAUCUAGUCAUUCAAUUCUUCAGAUAAUAAUCUUCUUUUACUGCAAGAUUCAGUUUAUUAAAAAUUAGGCAGAAGCCCCCUGCUUACACAAUCUGCAAAUGGAAUCCUAUAUUCAUGGUAUAGCCUAUGUCUGUCAUCCGUAUUGUUAUAUGUUGAACAAAGAACGAUAAGUUACUACUAAGUUCUCUUUGGGGCGUCCUGUUUUUCCAAGUUGGCUGCAAGAAGCUUUAAAAGAUGUUGUUAGCAUCGUCUGAAUCAAUUUCUUAAACACUUGUAACCUACCUGUUGAGCAUCACAGACUAUGAUGAGGAAAUCCAUUUCCUGAUCCUAAAUAGUCAUGAAAUGUAGGCUUGGGCAGCAGCCCCUUCAACCGUUUACUCUUCAAAUAUCUCUCUGGGGAGCCAUUUUCACAAAAAGAUCUCUCUAAGUUGCCUAUCUCUAAUGGCAUGAAAAAUACAAAAAUACUCAGAUAAGGUAAAAUGCCAUUAUGCUUCUGUCUUCUGGUAGGGUCAUGUAUGACUAGUUUUCAUAUUAGAAGGCAAUUGACAGCAGUUCCAUAAUUCACUCUGAGUGUUUUAUGAUAGACAUUUUUAGGGGUCAUUUCAACAGUUUUCCUAUAUGCCUUGAAGCAGAAAGAAAAAUAUGUACCAAGAAUCUUGGUUUGCCUUCCAGAAAACAAAACUGCAUUUAACUUUCCCCACCUUCGUCUCCAUAUCUAGGCAAUGUAGUAUUCAUGACUGUGGAUAGACUAAAUAAAAGCGAGUCACAAACAUAGAAGGAAACAUUCCAACUCUGAUAGCAUGCAUCUGUUUAUUAUACAAUUACUAAUGUCUUAAAAAAUGUAAAGCCAUGUAAGAAAAUAUUACCACUGAUGAAAUACGUACAGAAUUACUGUAACCGAUAUUACGUUUGAUAACUGUACUAAGGCCAAAAUAUGUACUAUUGAACAGGUUUACAGAAUUUUAUGGUGCAUUAUGUGGGCAUCAUCUUUAUAAGAUGCCCAAAUACCUACAUCUGGCAUUUUAGCCCCUCUACCUAUUAUUACAUGUAAGAACGUAUGAACUGACUUUUCCUUUUUGUUGUAUUCUUAGCUGUAAUUCCUGUGCUUCUGUUCAGAGACUCAGGAAGAGUUUGAUAUUGAAGGAGGUUAAAGCUGUGAUCUUCUGCCAUGUCAUCAAUGGCCAAUUAGAGGCUGCCGCUGAUGACACACUCUUUUCUCUACAGUACUAAUUGCUUUUAUAGAGCCAUGCAAUUAAUUUCUGAAUAAGAAUAUAUAUAAAUCUAAUAUUCCUUUACACAGGUAAUAUUGUUAAAGGAAUAAUAUUUUCAAGAUGCAGUAUUUAUCAAAUGAAGCAUAUUUAGCAAUAAUUUCCAUCUUAAUAUAACUUAGGAAAAGAACCAAAACAAGGUGUGUUAUUUG